GGUAAUAUUUUAAUGUCAGAUAACAAUGAGAUAUUUAUUAUUGAUUUAGGAUUAUGUAAACCUAUAAAUGAUUUACAAGAUUCUGAUAGUAAAUUAAAUGAAGUUUAUGGAGUUUUGCCUUAUAUGGCGCCUGAAAUAUUAAGAAAAAAACCCUAUACUUCAGCAAGUGAUAUUUAUAGCCUUUCAAUGAUAAUGUGGGAAUUUACAUCAGGUAUUCCUCCAUUUAAUCGUAAAGCACAUGAUUAUCACCUUACCCUGAGUAUUUGUGAAGGGGAACGUCCUGAAAUUAUAAAAAAUACUCCAAAAUGUUAUGUAGAUUUAAUGAAAAAAUGUUGGGAUACAAAUCCUUCUAAUAGACCAAACAUAAUAAUGCUUGAAAAUAUCAUAUCUGAAUGGGUUAGAAGUAUUAAUAAAUUUUAUGAGACAAACAGGGAUGAUAAUUAUGAAUAUGAAGUACCUAAUAUUGAUAAACAGUUAAAAAAUGAUAUGUUGGAAUUUGUAGAAGCAAACAAAGUUUUAGUACAAGGACAAGCAGGUACUUCUAUUAUACAACAUCAUUCACAAGCAUAUUAUACAAGUCGCAAACUUACU